AUGCAGCAGAAGUACCAGGGCUCUACAAAGGUAAAAAGAGCACAACUUCAAGCUCUUAGAAGAGAGCUUGAAUUACUUACCAUGAAAGAAGGGGAGAAGGUGGAUACUUUUCUUGGCAUAACCCUUAGCAUGGUGAAAAAGAUGAAAUCGAAUGGUGAAAACAUGGAGCAAAGUAUGGUGGUCAGUAAGAUUCUUAGAUCAUUGACUCCUAAAUACAAUUAUAUUGUAUGUUCAAUAGAGGAGUCGAACGAUUUAAGCAAUCUAACUCUCGACGAACUCUAUGCAAGUCUUCUUGUUCAUGAACAAAGGAUGCAGGAACACCCAGUAGAGGAACAAGUAUAG